AUGCGCAUUGCGACCCGCCACUCGAGUCCCGAGACGCGGUCCUCGUUCGCGUCGUCGUCGUCGUCGGUCUCAACCCCGAUGGUGACGCUGUCGCUGCCCGACGUGCGCCACCACCCGACAACCAACGCCGUGCACAUCAAGGUCCCCGAGCUCCACGGGGUGCUGCAAGAACGCAACUUUUCCAAGCGCUUUCGGUGGCUGCAAUGGAAGCGCCAAAAGACCUCGGACGCCACCGACUGCUGGGUCGACUUUGACGGCUACACGUGGCGAUGGUUCCCACGCACCGGGCCCGGCGUGUACAAGUCGUCGCCGACGCACGUGCUCUCGAUCAAUCCGCUUUCGCGUGUCGACGUCGCCGUCGACGGCAGCUGCUUCCAGCUCUUUGACGACGGCAAAGCGUUUACAUUUUACACGUCGAGCCACGACCAGUGCGCAUCGUGGACGACAGCGCUCGAGGCGGCGAUGGUCGCCCAAGCAUAUCUGGCCAAGUACCACCUCGGGCCGGUCCUCGGGUCGGGCGGCAGCGCGUUCGUGCACAGCCUCGUGCUGCAGAAUGCGCCGACGGACCUCGUUGUCAAGCUCGUGGUUGGUCAGAAGGACCUUGUCGAGAACGAGAUUGCAAUUCUGUGUCAUCUGUCGACGGCGUCGCCGGCCUUGCAAGCGCAUGUGCCAUCGCUCGUCAAGGCCUUUGACCUCCAAGAGCAGCAGGCCACCGGUCUCGUGCUGCCUCGCUACGAUGGCGGGUCGCUCCACGAUCGUAUGCGGAGCCUGCCCCCGCUCUCAUCGGCCAACGUCGCCUCGCGGGAAGCGGCGGCAAAACGGCUCAUGCGCUCGCUGCUCGGCAUCUUGGAGCUUUUACACGGCGCCGAUGUGCUGCACCUCGACCUCAAGCCGGCCAACAUCCUCUUCAAGACCCUCGAGGAUGAUUGCACGCAACUCGUGCUCAUCGACUUUGGCCUUGCGAUGCGGCCGAGUGCCUAUGACCCCAAGAACGCACUCCACGACGCGGUGCGGGGUACACCAGGGUACCUCGCACCCGAGCUGCUCUCGAUCGGCGACGACGGUCCGCUGCCCGUCUCGAGCGCCACGGAUGUCUUUAGCGCCGGUGUUCUUCUGUACAACUACCUUCUCGGUGUCGCCCCGUUUCAAGGCGCGACCAAAGGACAGCUUCUGGAGCGCAUGCGCCAAGGGCAAAUGGUGCGCCCGCAAGCGACAUGGGCGCUUCUGUCGGCCGACGCGCAGGACUUUGUCAUGAGCAUGCUUCAACGCAAGCCGCGCCAUCGGGCGUCAACGUCGACGCUGCAGUCCCAUCCAUGGCUCGCAGCCACCAACUAGGCGUUUGUAGCAGCACUUGCACACUCUAUUAUUUAUCAACACUUUGU